AUUCAAUGUACCUUUCAUCGGUGUGUCACCACAAGAAGCACCCAUCAGAAUCUACACAGUACUUGGAAACUACGUACAUCCAGUCAUAUUUCCCGAACCCUAUCUACCCUUUUCCCCUCCACUGAACCUCAAGCAGCGCCUCGCUAGCGUAGCCUUCAACACGAUCACCUGGUACUACCAGUACCACUGGAGGUAUCCGCAAGAAACGGCUAUCGCCAGGAAACACUUCGGGAGCAUCAGGGAUCUACAGCAGAUAGAGAGGGAGAUGAGCUUUCUCUUCAUCAAUGUCAAUCCCGCCUUGCAGCAGACUAGGCCGGUAGGAAUGAACACAAUCUACUUGGGUGGAGGGAUGCAUAUAGGGGAGGUCAAGCCCUUGCCUGAAGAACUGCAAGACUAUUUGGACAGCAGUGGAAACCAGGGCGUUAUCUACUUCAGUCUAGGGUCCAACGUCAAAAGUUCUCGAUUGACUGGAAAUCUCCUGGAUGUCAUUGUGUCAACUUUCGCUGCCUUGCCCUACAAAAUCCUAUGGAAAUUCGAAUCCAGUUUGCAGGAUCUCCCCGAGAAUGUGAAGAUUAUAAAAUGGGCUCCUCAGAGAGAUCUGUUAGCGGAUUCCAGAAUCAAGCUAUUCAUAACCCAAUGUGGUCUCCAGUCUUUGGAGGAAGGCAUCUUCAACGAAGUACCCAUGGUGGGAAUGCCUUUCAUGUGGGAUCAGCCAGGCAAUGCCAAAACUCUGGAGAAGAAGGGACUGGGGCUAACAGUUGAUAUCAUGAAUCUAACAAAGGACUCGUUUACUGAAACCAUCAUGGAAGUUAUCAGCAAUCCUAUCUACAAGAAAAACGUCGUGGAGCUCUCUAAAUUGAUGAAAGACGUGGAAAAGACUGGCUUGGAGAAGGCGGUAUGGUGGACGGAAUAUUGCAUCAGAACGAAAGGGGCGCAACAUUUCAGAAGUGGGGUUGGAGAAGUACCAAGUUACCAGAUGUACCUACUGGAUGUUAUCCUGAUUGUGGUCAUCGCCUGCAUCAUCACUACUCUCAUAUUAGUGAUGAGUGUUGUACUGUGUUAUAGGAUAUGCUUCAGGCGGGGUAGGAGUCUGAAAUUGAAGAAAAGCUGACCAUAAUGGAGGUGCUUCAAUUGUGGUUUGAAAGUUGAAGAUGAUAUUGAUUUAACAAAAAUAAAAUACAUUGAAGGACUCA